AUGGCCGAUAUCCUUCCUAGCGAUGCCGACACUGGCUUUGCCAACACUACCGAGGCCACUGGACUCCUCGAGAGCAACGUACAUGCGCGCACUCGGGACAAUGGCUGGGCGGGAGACGACGACUUCGCCGGUCUGCCGUGGUGGAAGCGGCCAUCCGUCGGCUUCUUGCUAGCUCCUUAUGCACUGUUUACCCUCGCAUUUGGCGGCUCCAUCGUUCCAAGAUUGAAUCUUAUUAUUGACUUGGUUUGCAAGCACUAUUUUGCCGACCGCUCGGCCACCGACCCGGGUCUCACCUUCACACCAGCUGUGGCAGGGGCCAACAAUCGGCAAUGCUUCAUUCCCGAGGUGCAAAAAUCGGUUGCCACCUUCACGCUGGUGCUCAAUGUACUCACCGGAAUACUGAGCUCCCUCACGGCGCCCAAGCUCGGCUCGCUCUCAGACCGCUACGGCCGCAAGCGGAUAAUUCUUGUCUGCGCCGUGGGCGGCAUCCUCAACGAAAUCAUUACUAUCCUUGCGGCCAAGUACCCCGAGACGGUGCCCUACCAAUGGCUGCUCCUCGGUUCCUUCUUUGACGGGCUUACGGGUUCUUUCACGGCAGGCAGCGUCCUGAGCCAUGCUUAUACCAGCGACUGCACCCCGCCCUCGAAGCGCAGCGUCGCCAUAGGCUACCUGCACUCGUGUCUUUUCACUGGCCUCGCUUUUGGCCCUCUGAUCGCCGGCUACCUGGUCGAGUCGACCGGCUCACUGCUGUCCAUCUUCUAUAUUCUGCUCGGCUGCCAUGUCUUCUUCGUCAUCUUCAUGGCCCUCGUCAUCCCCGAGUCGCUAUCCCCGAAGAAGCAGCUCGUGGCCCGCGAGAAGCAUGCUCGCCAGCAGGAAGCCCUCGGGUCCGCGCCCGACUGCGCUGGGCUCGCCGCGUCGAGGGUUCCCUUCGCAGGUCAGAUCAACCACCUGGUGCACUCGGUCAGGACGGCAAACCCGCUCGCGCCGCUCGACAUACUCUUCCCCACCGGUCCUGGCUCCGCGCAAUUGAGGCGCAACUUCCUCCUCCUGGCCUUCAUCGAUAUGGUGACGCUGGGCGCCGCCAUGAGCGCGGGCACCGUCAUCGUCAUGUACGUCGAGUACAUGUUCGAGUGGGGCAAUCUCGAGAGCUCCCGCUUCGUGUCCUUGACAUCCAUGGUCCGCGUGGUGGCGCUGUCGUGCGUCCUACCUCUGAUCAACUACUUCUUCCGCAAGCGGCCGGCAGCCAGGAGACGAAGGGAGGGCCUAACCCCAACAGGGGCCGAAAGGAACCGUGGCGCGGACGAGCUCGACAUAUGGAUUUUACGGGUCGCGCUAUUCUCGGACGUCGUCGGCAUUGGGGGCUACGUCUUUGCGCGGUCCUCGGCCGUGUUUGUCGCGUGUGCCGUCGUUACGGCGUUUGGUGGGCUUGGUUCCGCCACCAUCCAAUCGGCCGUCAGCAAGCAUGUUCCGCCCGAGCGCGUCGGCCAGAUGCUGGGUGCCAUUGGGCUGCUGCACUCGCUCGCCCGUAUUAUUGCGCCGAUCGUCUUGAACCAGCUGUAUGCUGCGACGGUCGAAACGUUUCCGCAGGCUUUCUUUGUGCUGCUGGCUGUGCUGUUUGCGGUGACGCUGGUUGCGUCGUUUUUCCUGAAGCCCCAUGUGUACAUGAAAAGCGAAGAGGACGAGGCAGCUCCUCGCUCGAGCAGCAGCGAAGACCGGGUCAGGGGGGAUGUCCUGCAGGAUGAGGAGCUCUUGCCUGGACUGUGA